CUACGGACACUUUUAGGGUCGCACAAAACGACAAGGCCCAGUGAAUAGAAAAGAAGCAUGCCCCGACGUCAGACUCCCGCGGUCAUUGCUGUCAAGCCCACGUCGCCGGCACCUUCAGCGACCAACAGCGACUCUUCCCCGACUAGCCCCAUGCGCAAUCACCAGCCAGUCGAGGUCGGCGCACCACCAGCCACGUCACCGGUAAGCAGGAACGGCAACUCUCGCAGACCGCAGCAUCACCACGCGUCAGAUUCCAAAACAACCGAGUCAACGUCGCCGUCUAAUGCCUUGCCCCCUGUAGCAGCGGUAGUUGCCAGCAGCAGCAGAAGCAGCACUAUCCCUCGUAGUCCUUCUGCCAAAGUACGUGGCCAGUCAAAAAAUCUCGGCACGGCCGCGUUUCGAGAGGGCGAAAAUGCCGGUCCUCGUAUCAUCCUCCCGUACCACCUCCGGCGCCGUUUGGGUGAUGCCAAGACUACUACGUUGCCGAAGAAGCCGUCAGUGAGGGGCAGCAGCGCCACCGCUCGGAAACCACUUGAGCACCACUCGCCCGUGUUGCACGAUGAGAGCGAGGGGAAGAAAAGAGAGGGUGGAAAGACCAAGCCCGCUCUCGAUACUUUGCAACAGUACAGCGAACACGGACCCCGAGCUUUGAGUCCCAGCGUUGUCCAGAGCAGCCCAUCCACGUCCAGCUUCGACGUGGCACGCCGCAGGGCCUCGUCGGCGCAGACUAUGCUGAGCGAGGAGGUCAUGGAAAGGCUGCACUCCCUGGUUAAUGAGGGCGCCGGCCCAAAGCAGCGCAGUGCCCGGUGCCGCGAUGUUCCCUGGAGGGCGUUCGCCACUUGUACCGUGGCCGUCGUGUUUCUGAUCGCCGUAUUGGCGGCGUACUUCGCUGGUCGCUUCUAUUCGAGCGCCCAGAGACUCGGGCGCAACUCGUCCUGCAACAGUGCCGGCUGCCAGCUGCUGUCGAGCGAGGUCAUCAACCGACUCAACAUGAGCGUUGACCCUUGCGAUGACAUUGAGGCGCACGUCUGCGGUCCGGUCCGGUGGGAGAGUGACCUGGUCACCGACACGGCCACCCAGAUGAUGCGAGUUUGGAUGGAGCGAGGAGCCUUGCACCUCGAGGCGAAGAGGAGGCCCGAAGGUGCGUCAGUGCUCAUGGAAUAA